CUCUCUCUCUCUCUCUCUCUCUUACUAUUACUUACCUCCGUUGCUCUCUACGCUGUUCAUAAGCAUUCUCUUUCUGUGGACGAAACUGAACCUGAGAACUAAAACAAAAAAGCCAGAGCCAAACCCAGACCGAGUGUUAGAGAUUGAGAUUGAGAUUGAGAGAGAGCAAUUUAGCGCUGUAGCAAGUACGAUUCCAUUCAAAUGGCUCUAAAGCUUAACCCUUUGGUGGCAUCUCAGCCUUACAAAUUCCCUUCCUCGACUCGUCCGCCUAUCUCUUCUUUCAGAUCUCCCAAGUUCCUCUGCCUCGCUUCAUCUUCUCCGGCUCUCAGUUCCGGUGCAAAGGAGGUUGAGAGUUUGAAGAAGCCAUUUACGCCACCUAGGGAAGUGCAUGUUCAAGUCUUGCACUCCAUGCCACCUCAAAAGAUCGAGAUCUUCAAAUCUAUGGAAAACUGGGCCGAGGAGAAUCUUCUGAUUCAUCUCAAGGAUGUGGAGAAGUCUUGGCAACCCCAGGAUUUCUUGCCUGAUCCUGCAUCGGAUGGGUUUGAAGAUCAGGUAAGAGAGUUAAGAGAGAGGGCUAGAGAGCUCCCUGAUGAUUACUUUGUUGUUUUGGUGGGGGACAUGAUCACAGAAGAAGCACUUCCGACCUAUCAAACUAUGUUGAACACUUUGGACGGAGUUAGGGAUGAAACAGGUGCUAGUCCUACUUCAUGGGCUAUUUGGACAAGAGCUUGGACUGCUGAAGAAAAUCGACAUGGUGAUCUUCUGAACAAAUACCUUUACUUGUCUGGUCGAGUUGACAUGAGGCAGAUCGAAAAGACCAUUCAGUACUUGAUUGGAUCCGGAAUGGAUCCGCGGACAGAGAAUAAUCCCUACCUUGGCUUCAUCUAUACUUCGUUCCAAGAAAGAGCGACCUUCAUCUCUCACGGAAACACAGCCCGCCAAGCCAAAGAGCAUGGGGACUUCAAACUAGCCCAAAUAUGUGGCACAAUAGCUGCAGACGAGAAGCGUCAUGAAACAGCAUACACCAAGAUAGUUGAGAAGCUCUUUGAGAUUGAUCCUGAUGGUACAGUCAUGGCUUUUGCAGACAUGAUGAGAAAGAAAAUCUCAAUGCCUGCUCACUUGAUGUACGAUGGGCGCAACGACAACCUCUUUGACAACUUCUCAUCCGUGGCUCAGAGGCUCGGUGUUUACACUGCCAAAGACUACGCAGACAUUCUUGAGUUUUUGGUUGGUAGGUGGAAAAUUGGGGACUUAACUGGGCUAUCAGGUGAAGGAAACAAAGCACAAGACUAUCUAUGCGGGUUGUCUCCAAGAAUCAAGAGAUUGGAUGAGAGAGCUCAAGCAAGAGCCAAGAAAGGACAGACAAAAAAACCCUCUCCUCUCUCGGUUACUCAUUUCAUCAGUCUGCUCUUGAAAUUGGUGUAGAUUACUAUGGUUUCUUCUGAUAAUGUUCGUGGGUCUACUAGUUUACAAAGUUGAGAAGCAGUGAUUUUAGUAUCUUUGUUUUUCCCAGUCACUAUAUGUUUGGGUCAUUGGUCCCUUCUUAGUACACUUUUGUAGUAGUUAAAACAGUUGAAGUCUGGUCUGUACUCAGUUUUCUCUGUGGAGUUUUGUUUGCAGUUCAGGUUAGUUUUGUUUGCAGUCU